AUAAAGUCAGCCUCACUCGCACACUCUCACGGCAUCUUCUUGAUGUAGAGAGCUAGUCAGGGCGUCCAACCCCAUAUCUUGAGUCCGUUCUUUUACCCUUCUUUUUCCUUCAACUUCUUCUCCCAAACAGUUCGAUCCUUCCGACUCAACUUCAACUUCUCAGCUCAGCGAGCUCCCCGUUACGCGCCCGAUUUACAAGAUGCAUCACUACGUACUUCUCGGCCUUCUCCCGGCCGUCCUGGGCUGCCUGGACCCCAAGAGCAACGCCUGUGCCAGCUUCAUGAGCGCCAACAAGGCCACCGCCUCGGCAUUCUGCGCCACUUUCACCCAGAGCACCGUGAAGGCUACUACUGCACUGCCCGCCUGGGCCAGCAACUGCAGCAACAAGCCGAGCCUGAUCUCCAAGGAGUGCUCGUGCUACUUCACCGGCGGCGCGGCGCCCACACCGGCACCCACUACGACUCCCAAGCUCACGACGACUGCCAAGGUCACCACGGCCAAGCCAACCACUCUGGUCACCAGCAAAGUAGUGACGACGCAGGCCCAACAACCCUCCGGAGUCACCACCACACUGCCCAAGAGCUCGGGUGCUGUUGCUACUUCUAAGGCCAUCACCGUCCCCGCUGGCGGCUCGUUUGACGGCGGCAUGAAGAGCUAUGACCGUUCUCCCGCGGUGUGCAAGGGACAGAGCGAGACAGGCGAGGCUGACGCCAUGUUCAUCCUGGAGAACGGUGCCACGCUGUCCAACGUUAUCAUUGGUCCCAACCAAGCUGAAGGUGUUCACUGCAAGGGCACAUGCACCCUGAUCAACGUCUGGUGGCAGGAUGUCUGCGAGGAUGCGCUCACCCUCAAGCAAUCCAGCGGCACGUCCUACGUGAUUGGCGGCGGUGCGUUCCACGCCGACGACAAGGUGGUGCAGUUCAACGGAUUCGGAACCGUCUCGAUCAAGAACUUUUACGCCAGCGACUACGGCAAACUCGUGCGCAGCUGCGGCAACUGCUCCAACAACGGCAAGGCCCGCAAUGUUAUCAUUGACGGCUCGGUUGCCGUCGAUGGCGGCGUCCUCUGCGGCAUCAACACCAACUACGGCGACACGUGCGUCGUCUCCAACAGCUGCCAGGACAGCGGAAAGAUCUGCGACCGCUUCACGGGCAACAAUGAUGGCGAUGAGCCCCCCAAGAUUGGCUCCGGCCCUGAUGGCACUUACUGCAAGGCUACCAACUUUGUGUCGACUUGCUGAGGGCUACUAGGUUAGCGUAAUACUGUCCUUUGGACGCGGCAGCACAUGUGGUGG